UGAAUUCAAGCUUAAAUUGCUUACACAUUUCUGAAUUCUCGUAAAAUGUUGCAAUUGUACUCUGUUGCUUCAAAGAACACCGGGAUUGUUUAAGUUUACUCUGCUAUUUUUGCUCAGUUUUUUCUUUUCUUCCCUUCUUUUUUUUCACUGGAACCAUUUUUAGGUGGUGUGGGGUAAGAUGAUUUAUUGUUGACUUUAAUGCCUUUUCACUUGAUUUUGCUUCGAAGUUUGCCAAAAGGUUCUUUCUUUCAUUGUAACAACCUUUUUUUUCACUCAUUAUUUUGCUAUUGCAAUUACUAACACCUCACUGCUCCCCCACAUUUCAUUUCAUCUAUCUCUUAUCUUCAAAUUGAAAAUCUUUUGUGAAGAUUUCAUUAUCUUUAGCUUCACUUUUUUGUCCCUUAACCUUUCCCAGGCUCCCAUCUCCAUAUCCUUCUUCCCUUUAUUAGCUCUAUAUUAGUAGCUGCACAUAGAGAGAGAGAGAGAGAGAGAGAGAGAGAGAGAGAGAGAGAGAGAGAGAUCAUGGCAGGAAGAGCUCCGGCGAAAGCAGAUGAGCCACAGCCACAUCCACCAAAGGAACAGCUACCCAACGUUUCUUAUUGCAUUACAAGUCCACCUCCAUGGCCCGAGGCCAUCCUUCUUGGUUUUCAACAUUAUAUAGUGAUGCUUGGAACAACAGUGAUCAUCCCCUCUUCUCUUGUUCCCCAGAUGGGAGGUGGAAAUGAGGAGAAAGCAAAGGUGAUCCAGACACUGCUCUUUGUUGCUGGUUUAAACACAUUGCUGCAGACACUGUUUGGGACUAGAUUGCCUGCUGUGAUUGGAGGAUCUUAUACAUUUGUCCCAACCACAAUUUCAAUUAUCCUUGCUGGUCGGUUCAGUGAUACUUCAGAUCCUAUCGAGAGAUUUAAAAGGAUUAUGCGGGCAAUCCAGGGUUCCCUCAUUGUUGCUUCAACUCUUCAGAUUGUCCUUGGCUUCAGUGGCCUUUGGCGUAAUGUUACAAGGUUUUUAAGUCCACUUUCAGUUGUUCCUUUGGUAUCUCUAGUUGGUUUUGGGCUUUAUGAGUUUGGUUUUCCUGGGGUUGCCAAAUGUGUGGAGAUUGGGCUGCCUCAGCUAAUUCUCAUAGUAUUUAUCUCACAGUACAUGCCUCAUGUGAUAAAAGCUGGAAGACACAUCUUUGAUCGUUUUGCUGUCAUAUUCACUGUGGCGGUUGUUUGGAUUUAUGCGCAUUUACUCACUGUGGGUGGAGCUUAUAAUGGUAAAGCACCAAAGACACAGAUAAGCUGCCGCACCGAUCGUGCUGGUUUAAUAGAUGCUGCUCCAUGGAUAAGAGUUCCGUAUCCCUUUCAAUGGGGAGCUCCUUCAUUCGAUGCUGGUGAAGCCUUUGCUAUGAUGAUGGCUUCUUUUGUUGCUCUUGUAGAGUCCACUGGGGCUUUUACUGCGGUAUCAAGAUAUGCAAGUGCGACUCCAAUGCCACCCUCUAUUCUUAGCCGUGGUGUUGGUUGGCAGGGAGUUGCAAUUUUGGUCUCAGGCUUGUUUGGAACUGUCAAUGGAUCCUCAGUAUCUGUAGAGAAUGCUGGUCUUUUGGCCUUGACACGAGUUGGCAGCCGAAGAGUUGUCCAAAUCUCUGCUGGAUUUAUGAUUUUCUUCUCCAUUCUUGGGAAAUUUGGAGCAGUCUUUGCCUCAAUUCCAGCACCCAUUAUUGCUGCUUUGUACUGCCUGUUCUUUGCUUAUGUCGGUGCGGGAGGUCUUAGUUUUCUUCAAUUCUGUAACCUCAACAGCUUCCGUACAAAGUUUAUACUAGGCUUCUCUGUUUUUAUGGGCUUAUCUGUGCCACAGUACUUCAACGAGUAUACUGCACUUAAUGGCUAUGGUCCAGUUCACACAGGCGCGAGAUGGUUCAACGACAUUGUAAAUGUUCCUUUAUCAUCAGAAGCAUUUGUUGCGGGUUGCUUGGCAUAUUUCCUUGACAACACAUUGCAUCGCAAGGACAGUUCAAUUAGGAAGGACAGGGGUAAGCACUGGUGGGACAAGUUCCGAUCCUUCAAGGGUGAUUCAAGGAGUGAAGAAUUUUAUUCCCUCCCCUUCAACCUAAACAAAUAUUUCCCAUCUGUGUGA